AUGAGUGUGCACGCAAAGGAGAAGCCAUUCAACUGUGAAAUUUGCCUUAAGGCUUUCCCUUCCAAAAACGUUCUAGCAAGGCAUAUCAAAGUACAUACAAGGGAGAAGCCAUACAGCUGCGAGAACUGCAGCAAGGUCUUCCCAGAAAAAGGUCACCUGGCAACACAUAUGAGAGUACAUACAAAAGAGAAGCCAUACAGCUAUGAGGUUUGCAACAAGGCCUUCUCACAUAAAUCUAAUCUAGUUAUCCACAUGAGAGUACACACAAAAGAGAAGCCGUUUGAAACAAAGGCCUUGUUACAGAAGAGACAUGCUUUCACUCAGAGAAGACAUCUCGUGGGCAACGCGAACUGCAUCGAAGAGCAUGUUUUAUCUAAGAGGAGCACUCUUUCCCUUAACAUUUUUGGGGAAGAAUUGCCCGAAAUUUUGGUGGAUAUCAUUUUCCGAUUUAUGUUGUGCACGUGGUGUUUGCCAGAUGUAAAUAAUGCUGAGCCAGUGGUCUCGAACUGGAACUUGGAGACAAUAUGGGAAUUUAGAUCAUAUAGAAAUUCUUCAUGCAUGCCACGAAAUUAUGUUAGAAAGACACAACGGGCUGCUGUUCCCCUUGAUGUUAUGAAACGAGCUGCUGAUGCAUUCAUUGCUGGUGCUAGUUUGAGAGAAACUAUCGGCAUCCAAGCGCAUAUUCCCUCUUCAAAUGGAGAACGAUAUGUCGCAAGAGUUGAUAUUGUGGAUGGCAAUGAGCUAGAGGGAGUUUUCAUGAAGAAAACUUCAGGACAUAGGCUUGAAGAAGAGAAACCGGCUUUUAUUAUUGACCAGAGUGAUGAGGCAUCAUUCCAUAAGCAAGAUGUAUUGAAGGUUCUACCAGCCCCCAAAAAUAUGCGUGGAAGUCUACGUAAAUCAAACCAGCUAGUUUUCCCCUGUGACUUAAAAAGAUUUAAUUUGUCAUAA